AUGGCCCGUUAUCCAGUGUACCUUAACGUGUACGAUAUGUAUUGGGUGAAUGACUACUUGUCAAAUUUGGGAAUCGGAGUUUACCAUACUGGUGUUGAAGUUCAUGAUUGGGAAUAUGGUUACGGGGGUCACCCGCUAUCGUUCAGCGGCGUUUUCCAGAUCGUGCCGAAGGAUGGUGAAGAGCUUGGAGAAAAUUACAGAUUCAAGCAAUCAAUUCUUCUCGGCUACACGGAACUUAGCGCAGAAGACGUGAGCAUCAUUGUUCAAGGUAUGGGCGAUGAAUUUAAGGGCGACAGGUACCAUCUGCUCACGAACAAUUGCAACCACUUCUCAGCAAAGCUGUCCGAGAUUUUAUGCGGCCAAACAAUACCGUCAUGGGUGAAUCGCCUUGCGUACCUCAGUACGAUAAUUCCCUUUCUUGAACGGUGUCUUCCGCGUGAGUGGCUGACUCCCAUUGCUUUGCAGCAAAGCCUUGAUCGACGAAGAGUAAAUGCAGGAUUGAGGACCAAUUGUCAGGAUACUGAAGGUAUAGGAUCAACCGAACGUAUCACUUCUACUACCAAUCCGAUGGCGAACAGUCCGUCACCAUCAUUGCGUAGCCUUUUCCAUUUUGCCUCCGGUCGAUAG